AUGCUCUAUACUCUUGCCACGGGCUUGGUCAGCGUGGUCAUCGGAACAUAUCUGCUCGGAAGCCAUAGGCAAGUCGUCAUGCCCGCCGCGAGCGAAAGUAACGGUGCGAAGCCGUGGGCGGACACGCCCUUGGCGCUCAUCCCCACGCCGGCCUUUCUCACGAACAAGACGGACAUGUGGACCGAGGGCGCCAGCCACAUGUGCAACCUGCACAAUGCCAUCUUCCGCGGCUACAACUCCAUGUACUUGCAGGCGCCGCACGUCCGGGACGCGGACAAGGCCGACUUCCUGGGCUACUGCCGCACGUGGAGCAAGUUUGUGCGCACGCACGCCGAGAAGGAAGAGGGCGAGCUGUUCCCGGACGCGGAGCGGUUGCUGGGGGAGGAGGUGUUCAAGCACACGCACGAGGAGCAUGAUGCGUUCAUCCCCGCGCUCAACGAGUUCCACGAGUACCUGGAGAGCAUCAAGGCGGACGCCUCGCAGCUCUCCGCCGCGCGCAUGCUGGAGCUCAUGGCGGCCUUUGAGAAGCCGUUCGAGGCGCACUUCCGCUCCGAGAUCGACACCAUCGCGGCGCUGGCGGCGCACCCCAACACGCCGCGCGAGGGCACGCCCGAGGCGGCGGCGGCGAGAAGCCGGUUCGACGCGUGGGGCCGCCGGUCGGUGCUCACGGGCGGCGUCACCGACGUGUCCAUGUUCUUCCUCUUCAACCUGGAUCGCGGGCACGAGGGCGGGCGGUGGAGCGAGUGGCCCGAGGUGCCGGCGGCGCUGCGCUGGGCGCUGACGCGGACGCUGGGCGGGUGGCACGCGGGGUGGUGGAGGUUUGCGAGCUGCGAUGCGGAUGGCUGGCCGAGGGAGCUGUAUGCGCUGCCGUGA